AUGAGGCUGAUAAUCCAGGCAGCAGCACUGAUUAGUGUGAUUCAGGCAUGGGUCAUGUUCAUGCACCAGAGAGCUGUUCGUCGUGCUGGGAGACCUUUGAUCCGUUAUGGUCCAUUGUUUCCCCGGGAACAGGAGAGGAUCCAAAAUCUGAACUACAUCUACAACUGCAAUGACGUCGAGGCUCUGUGGAUGCUUAGAAUGAAAAGAGCACCAUUUGCCAGGCAUGUCGAGACCUUCAGGAGCAGGGGGCUGUUACAAGGUAGCAUCAACACCAGUGUCGAAGAGCAAGUGGCCAUGUUCCUCCAUGUUGUUGGCCAUAACCAGAGGUUCAGGGUCAUUCACAACACGUUCAGGAGAUCAAUGGAGACCAUCUCUAGGUACUUCAAGCAGGUGUUUUUUGCUAUUGGGGAGCUUAGAGGAGAGAUGAUCAGGAGACCAUCUGGCCAGACUCCACCCAAGAUUCGCGGAAGCCCAAGAUGGUAUCCAUAUUUCAAGUUCACAUAUGUGCUGGCUGGCUGGGAGGGGUCAGCGCAUGAUGCUAACAUUCUCACUAACAGCAUGAGUCGACCUGAUGGGAUCAACAUCCCUGACGGCAAGUUCUACCUUGGAGAUGCUGAAUAUGCAUGUCGGCCGGGUAUUCUUCCACCCUUCAGGAAAACCAGACACUCCAGCCUUAGAGUAACUGUUGAGAGGGCAUUUGGAGCUCUGAAGAAUAGGUUUAAGAUCCUAGGUCAGAAGCCAUUCCACCAAUACACCACUCAGGUUAAGCUAGUUCUUGCUUGUUGCAUUCUGCACAACUGGAUCCUCCAGUGGGGCUUUUAUGAACACGUGCCUGAGGAGGAAGAUGUCGAGCCUGACGAUGUUGUUAGCUCCGGCCAUGGUCUCGAGGCAUUUGACAAUGAUGCUAGGAAGAACAAAAGGUUGGAGUGGGCAGAGGCGAUGUGGCUUAACAGAGGUCAAUGA